UCUGUCAGCAGCUCACAUAUGGAUGUGGAUGGAGAAGAGGUCAGGUGUUGAGCUGAAUAUGGAACCACAGGAAGGAGGGGGCCUGAAGGAGCUGGUGCUUCGAUGGUUUACUGAGACACAGGCACCGCUCGUCCAGCACAAUGGAAACUUCCCUGAUUGGUUUCAAGGCCUUGCUACAAGAAAGGAAGCAGAGGAGCUCCUGAGGGAUAAAAGUAUGGGCUGUUUUCUCAUUCGUCUCAGUAAUAAAGCCUUCGGCUACAUCCUGUCCUACAAGGGUAAUGACAGGUGCCGCCAUUUUGUUAUCACCCAAAAUCAAGACGGACAUUUUAUCAUAUCGGGAGACUCUCAGACAUACGGCAGUCUCACCGAGCUGAUCCAACACUACAAGGUCAGCGCCAUCCAGCCCUUUGGAGAAUAUCUGACCUCCAGCUGUAAUGAGGUGGACACAAAUGAACUGUAUGAUGUGGUGAACUAUAACACCAAACAGAUGUCUGGGGUGAGCGUGCAGGCACUGCGGACUCUGUGGGAUCAGAAAAGUGAUCAUCACAGCCAUGUGGGUACUAAUCAAAGGAUUCAGCAGCAAAAUGACCCUCCUGCAGUGCAGCCACCCAUACCACCGAAAUCCACAGCCAGAAGGCUGACGGGGACGGUGUCUGUGGAUGCAAUGUCUCUUUCCCAGGGUAUGCCUCCAGGACCAAAAAGAGGGAUUCCUCUAGGAUUUACCCUGAGUGGUUCCUUGCCUGAUACAACUUCACAUCCAAUGAAAUCCCAGAUGGACGCAUACAGAGCAGAUGGAAUCAUGGCAAACACAAAUUCAGCAGUAAUGUCUAACAAAGACUCGGUUGAUGCAACUGACACAAUGUACCCUGGUGAUCUUUUUCCUGGCAUCACAACCUCUCAGUCGACACAAGUAGAGAGCAGGAGCAAAUCCCUACCACAACUGGACAACAACACCACAGAGGAGGAGUACUCCAACCAGCUCAGCAGCCUGUCUCUGACAUCGCCUGUUCCAGGAAAGAGGGUUACCUGCCAAACCUAUUCCCUCCACGCACCCCAUGAAAGCGUGAUCAGGUCAGAAGAGCACAAUGAUGACCAGGAAAUAUCAAGAUCCAACCCUCUGUACCAGACCUCUGAGGGGUCUGAAAGCCGUUCAACCCAGCGAGGAGAUGACAUGUAUGCUGAGGUUCCUCCGGCGACAACUCCUGCUAGGCUGCGAGAUGACACCUACGAGCAGAUCCCUGGUGAGGCAGCCGCUGUUCAAGGCAACACUUAUGAGACGCUGGACGACAUGAAGACCAAGAAGUCAAAGUCCACCUGGAAUAAAAGUAACAUGAAGUGGAAGAAAUUCCUACCUGACUACAAGAAGAAAUAAAUGCAGAAUCUGUUGUGGAGAACCUCCUUAAUAUAAACGAGAUGAACAUUGCUCCUCCAGUUAUUUGUUCUUAUAUGCAGAUGACUGUGUGCUGUGAGUGACAUAGGGAUAGAGAUAAAGUCAAGAUAAGAGGCUCACACAUAGGUAAGAUUAAGAAAAUCAAAGCUACAAAAAACCCUGAGCUGGACAGACGAGGGUUUUUUGGGACUGAACCCAAUCACAAAUGUUUUUAAAUCAGAAAGGAUUGGUUUUGUCUGAGGUUGGGUCCUUGGAUAUGAACAAUGUCUAAUCUGUAACACCUGCUGUUAAAUACUUGGAUUUUAUUGUUGACAAGAAUCUCAGCACUGCUGUCAUGGAUUUGAAUGGGAAAAAGGUUUGAAAUCAUUACGAUAGGUCCUGAUCUUAGCCCUGUUUUAACUCACAUCAUCAGAUCCUUUGAAUCAAACUCAGGGCUGUAACGCACAAAAACAUCCAUAAAUAUUUUUAUUUACUCACAAUUUAUUACAAUUACUUAUUUUCAGCAGAUUAGACAUGUGGUCUCGUUUGUCUCCGACCCUUAUUGUGAAGCACUUUGUGGUUUUUAUCCUGUGUAGAGUGCUCUUUAAAUCAAUAAAGUAAAGACCAACUGACAAUGAGGCGGGUGGUUAUGGGCUAACAUUACAACAGCUAAUAUUAGGCUUCCGUGUCCUAAAAAUCACUUUCCCUCUAAACAGGUUGAAUAUAUUGUCACAUCGUGUCAGGAUUAAUUUUCCAGGUGUCUGAGUCAAACAAUGUUACAUCACAGUUUUAUGAACGCCAGCUAACAAAACGGCAGCGCUUACUGACAGAAAGAUUCAGGAUAUCCUGAGCAACUCAAUUCAGUAUUGUCAUCAGAUAGAAGUGAGCUCUACUGAUUGAUCCACCCAUCCUGGAAAGAUUUCUCAGCUUUACAGCCUUCUCCAGAGUAAAUAGACAUAUUGACAUAGUAAACUUGGCUAUCUGAGUUGAAAUAACAAAUAUGUGAAAACAGUAUGCCACUUCCUAACCAAUGAACAGACAACAUUUUUCAAAAGGGUAUCCACUCCAAGAAAGGAGGCGAGAUGCUGAAACAAACUGAUACGUACUCGGCCCUGGAUCAUUAAGGGCAACUGUGCUGCAGAGACAACCAUACCUAAGUACACCCAGUACUUUGAAGAGCUUAGAAAUGCUCCUGUUGUUAUUUUUCUACGUGUCCUUUGGCAUCAGUGUCUUGUCUUGUGGUUUUAGGUAAAGUAAACUGACAAACACCAGGGUAAAAAGUGAAGCCAGUGCAAAAUCA